AUGGCUGCACUGAGUUGUCUUCUGGACAGUGUUAGAAGGGACAUAAAGAAGGUGGACAGAGAGCUAAGGCAGUUGAGGUGCAUCGACGAACUCAGCACACGAUGCCUGUGUGACUUAUACGUGCACCCAUACUGCUGCUGUGACUUGCACCCGUACCCGUGCUGCCUGUGCUAUUCAAAGCGAUCACAGUCCUGCGGCCUGUGUGAUCUCUACCCACGUUGCCUGUGUGAUGGCAAGCUUUACUGUCUUCGCCCGUCUCUCAGAAGUUUGGAGAGGAAAGCCAUUAGAGCCAUGGAAGAUGAAAAGAGAGAGCUUGCCAAAUUGAGAAGAAAAACAAAUAGAAUUCUAGCUUCCUCUUGCUGUAACAUUUUAGGAUCAGUGAACGUGUGUGGCUUUGAACCCGAUCAAGUCAAGGUGCAAGUGAAGGACGGAAAGGUGUGCGUGUCAGCUGAGCGCGAGAACAGAUACGACGACUGCCUGGGAUCGAAAAAGUACAGCUACAUGAACAUCUGCAAAGAGUUCAGCUUGCCCCCAUGCGUAGACGAGAAGGACGUGACGUACUCCUAUGGGCUCGGCAGUUGUGUCAAGAUCGAGUCUCCCUGCUACCCUUGCAUGUCUCCCUGCAACCCCUGUGACCCCUGCAACCCAUGCUAUCCCUGUGUGAGCCGGUUUGCCUGUAGGAAGAUGAUUUUGUAA